AUGUCAGUGGUAAUAAACAGAGCUACGUCGAAGUUAUUCCAGAGAGGGAUUUAUCAAAAUUUAAUAGAUACUUCGAUUAAAAAAAAUCAUUCUGUUAUCAGUCACAUAAAAUUAAAUUCGACGAAUCAAUUUGUCAGAUCACCACUAUGUCGCAUGGCCCACAGUAUGGUGCAAACAAAUUGGACAUCAAGCAAAGAUGAAAGUAGAGAAAUGAUGGCUCUCUGGCCAGACAUAGUACGAGUUCUUACAGAAGCUGGUCGUCAUCUUGAGAUUCCUGAUGCUACUAAAUGGAUGACUAAAGUAUUGCAGUACAAUGUUCCAAACGGUAAAAAAAAUCGUGGAUUAGCUCUUGUUUACGCUUAUAGAAUGCUCGCGCCACGCGAUCAGCUGACAGAGGAAAAUAUAAGAUUAGCCAGGACUUUAGGAUGGUGUACUGAAUUGCUCCAGGCAUUUUUACUAAUCGAAGAUGAUAUAAUGGAUCACUCAGUAACACGUCGAGGUCAACCUUGCUGGUAUUUGAAUAAUAAUAUCGGGUUGAGUGCUAUCAAUGACGGUAUACUUUUGGAGCAAACAGUGUAUCAGUUACUACGCACACCGAACUUUAAUUUAUUUACAAUGAAUCGGUACAACGCAAUUGUUAAAUAUAAAACAGCUUAUUAUUCAUUUGUGAUGCCAAUAACAUUAGCAAUGCACUUUGCUGGAGUAGUAGAUCCAGAAAUGUACAGACAAGCCAAGACUAUUUUAUUAGAGAUGGGACACUUUUUCCAAGUUCAAGAUGACUAUCUAAAUAUUUAUGGGGAUCCGAGAAUAACUGGAAAACAAGGAUUAGACAUUAAAGAAGGAAAGUGUACGUGGCUAGCAGUCGUGGCUCUUCAACGCGUGACUCCCUCACAGCGUAAAAUCUUUGAAGAAUGUUACGGGGUUGAUGAUGAAGAGAAAGUAGCACAAAUAAAACAGUUGUAUGACGAUUUGGGGCUAUCAACAACUUACGCUAUUUACGAGGAAGAAAGUUACAAUCUCAUGAAUACUCAUAUACAACAAAUAUCACGUGGUCUACCUCAUGAUUUAUUCUUUAAAAUACUAUCAAAGAUUUAUCGCAGGGAUGCUUAA